AUGAAGAUUCAAAUAUUAGUGGUUCUUCUCAAGCUGAACUCAGACUGUUCAGGCAAAACCAGAAAAAAAGAAGGCUUCCCAUGCAACUUCUGCAACAAGAACUUCUCUACGUCACAAGCUUUAGGGGGAAAUCAAAACGAACAUAAACAAGAACGGGCAAUAGCAAAACGACGUAAGGAUCAGAUGGAAAUGGGACUAGGGACUCUAGCUCUUGGGCAUCAUCACCAUCAUCUUCAUCAUCCUUGUAAUUAUGCAAGUUUAACUCAUCAAAUCCCUCUUAAUGGAUCAUCUUAUGAUACUAGAUUGCCACUUGGGGUCAGUGUGAUUCGGAAGCCUGCAUGGCGGCGACUUCGUGGGUGUCACUCAGCUCAGAUCGGCUUGGUCAUGAUUAAGGGCAGUUCCGGGGUCACAAGGGACCAUUACAAAGUGAUGAAGGAGAUGAUUCAUUAG